AUGGCAAAAGUUUCAAAUUAUUCUAGAAAUAGAAUCGAGAUCCUUCACAAGCAAGGCCUCAACCCAGCUGAAAUACUGAAAGCGUUGAAACACGAAGGGCUGCUAGUGAGCUUUUCCAGUAUUACGCCCAUCAUUAAAAAGUUGCGACUUACCGGUUCCGUGGCAAAUUUACCUCGAUCAGGAAGACCUCAAAAGCUGUCUACGGAAGCAAAAACUUUCGUAGAUCAGCAAAUGCGCAGGGAUGACGAGACGACCAGCAAUACGAUAAAGAAGAAGCUGGAGAGACAUGGAAUCUGCGUGAGUGCGUCCACUGUUCGUAGAGCACGCAAACAGCAAGGUUGGACUUUGCAGCGGACCGCCUACUGCCAGCUAAUCCGUGACGCAAAUAAAGUCAAGCGAUUAGAGUUCGCACAACGCGUCCUAGAAAGUGGUGACACUUUCAACAACGUGAUUUUUAGCGACGAGUGUUCCAUUUCCCUUUAG